CUGGCCGAGCUUGGUGUCUGAACAAGCGACUACUGGCACAGAGUCGAGCUAUCUGAACUAAAAUGGAGCUCAAUAGAGGUGCCCUGGGUGGAGGGCACGGCUACGGGGCGCCGGACGGGAUGCAGCUGCGCCGCCGGGAGAGGGCGCUCGAGGCGCAGCUGCACGAGCUGUUGUUCCCGUCCACAUCACCGUCUCCGACCAACGGCGUCGGCUUGUCGUCGUCGUCCGAAUUGUGUGGCUCUGGCGAGCACGGAAGCUCGAUGGUGAUGGUGCCGGCGUCCUGCAGUGGCGGCGGCAAACGGCGGGGCAGAAGUAGCAAGAGAGUUCUGGAUAAAUGCUACUCGUUGCAGGCCGGUGGUUGUUCGGCUGCGAUAAAUGCUACUUGUUGCAGGAAGAAGAACCAAGGGAAGACGACGACGCUUGUCACAACGGUGCCGGGUUUCGACGGCUACCAGUGGAGGAAGUACGGCCAGAAGCAAAUCGAAGCAGCCCAAUACUCCAGGAGUUACUACCGGUGCACCCACAACACGGACAAAGGCUGCCAGGCAAAAAGGACGGUGCAACGCAAUAAUGACGAUGCUGGUGACAGUGGACCGCCGAGGUACACGGUGGUGUACAUCUCGGAGCACAGCUGCAUGGUGACCGAGGAGGUGGGGGCGCCGACUAUCCUCGAGACUAGCACAAAUAAAACAGCUGCUCCAGGGAUCGCCACCUUCUUUCCUAGCAGCUCUAGUACUGCCAUCAGUACCGGCACUCAGUCCCUGGCGAGCUCGGAUACCACAUGGAGUGGUGGCACCAUUGCUAGCACGAAUCCGGCACCGAACGAGUGCUGUUUAAGCAUGUUUGCAGUCGAUGGGGACUGCUGGGACGAAGACCCGUUGCUCCAGCAGGAUAUGGACUUCGUCGGACCGAUGAUGUCACCGGUGCACGCCGUGGCAGCAGAUGGAAGUUGGAUUCAUGACUUGUUCGAUAAUGAGUCCGCGUUUGGUUGAUUUCUGAAUCUUUGUAGAUUGUGAGUACAUAGUACAAUUAUUAAGUUGCCUAUUUUCUAGUA